AGUACAGCACAACUAAUAAAUGUCCUCUGGGUUUUGACCAUCUUCCCUCACUCUGAACGUCUGUCAACAACAACAGCGAGAACAACAUCACUUGCAUGAUUCUUGAUGACAUCGCAGAUUCCACACGUAUCCAAGUGCCUCUCGACUGGUAAAACAUCAAGGCAUAGGCGCACUCUUCAGAAGUCUACCUCCAGUUUUUCCGGGUUUGGUAACUUGGGCUCUUUUUUUCGGGAGUCGGGAGUGUUUUUUUCUACCAGGACGCUGUUUCUUGUCUACUCCAGUGGCUACCCUAUCAAGGCUAACCUUCCACGAACUGGAAUACAGUGCAUUUUUACUCAUAAUUUCACCCACUGGUCAAGCUCCAUCGUCGGCAGCUCCCGGUUCUCUUCUCUGGCGGGAGGUUAGCAGAAGGCGUAGGGUUGUGGAGGUAUGACUGCGUUGGCUGGGGCAAUACCAAGGAUGAUGCGCCCCAUGCUGGCGCAGAACUACCCCCACAGUGGCUUCCCACUGGAAGUCUCUACCCCGUUAGGCCAAGGCAGAAUGAACCAGCUCGGGGGAGUUUUCAUAAAUGGCAGACCUUUGCCCAACCAUAUCCGCCAUAAGAUCGUCGAAAUGGCCCACCAUGGCAUCAGGCCAUGCGUAAUCUCCCGUCAGCUCCGCGUCUCUCACGGUUGCGUUUCCAAAAUCCUCUGCCGGUACCAGGAGACCGGCUCUAUUCGACCCGGGGCCAUCGGGGGAAGCAAACCCAAGCAGGGGACGACGCCUGAUGUUGAGAAGAGAAUAGAGGAGUACAAGCGGGACAACCCGGGUAUGUUUAGCUGGGAGAUUCGGGAUAAAUUACUGAUGGAUGGGAUAUGUGACCGGAACACCGUUCCAUCAGUGAGCUCUAUCAGUCGCAUCAUGAGGAGUAAAUUCGGAGGGAAGGGAGAUGACGAUGAUGAUGAAGAUGAAAUCGAGAAAAAGGAAUUAGAAGAACACGAACGGCGGGCCAAACAUAGCAUCGAGGGCAUCUUAGGAGACCGAUCGAGCCACUCAGAUGAGGGGUCGGACGUGGAGUCUGAACCAGACCUGCCUCUGAAGAGGAAGCAGCGCCGCAGUAGAACCACCUUCACGGCCGAACAGCUGGAUGAGCUGGAGAGAGCCUUCGAACGAACACACUACCCUGACAUCUACACCAGGGAAGAGCUGGCUCAGAGGGCCAAACUCACAGAGGCCAGAGUUCAGGUGUGGUUCAGUAACAGAAGAGCCCGGUGGAGGAAGCAGGCUGGAGCUAGUCAGCUCAUGGCCUUCAAUCACCUGAUCCCUGGGGGCUUCCCGCCCUCUGCCAUGUCCAGUCUCUCCCCUUAUCAGCUGUCUGACAGCCCGUAUCCCCCUACAUCCAUAUCACAAGCGGUGUCGGAGCAGGCCAGCACGCUGCACCGGCCCCAGCCCCUGCCCCCAUCCUCAGGCCACCACCAGAGUUCAGGAGGGGGAGGACAGGAUGGGGGGUCUGCCUACUGCCUGGCCUCUGGACGCCACAGCUUCUCAGGCUACUCCGACAGCUUCGUCACGUCAGGAGGCCCUCCCAUGAAUCCUGCCAUCAGCAACGGCCUCUCUUCCCAGGUGAUGGGUCUGUUGAACCCAGGCGGGGUGCCCCACCAGCCCCAGAGUGACUAUGCCCUCUCCCCCCUGACAGGAGGCCUGGAGCCCCCCGGGGGCAUGGGGGCCAGCUGCUCCCAGCGUCUGGAGCACAUCAAGGGCCUGGAGGGCCUGUCCAGUGUCCCCAACAUCCCCAGUCUCCCCUCGCUGCCCAACUCCCAGUCCUACUGCCCGUCCUCCUACAGCGCUCCUGCCUACAGCGUGGACCCUGUGGCUUCCUACCAGUAUGGGCAGUACCACGGACAAAGUAAGGUGCCCUUCAUUAUCUGAGACCUGAGAUCACCUGAGGAUCUGCCCCUUUAAGUGACCCCCCACCACCUCCACCACCACCUCCGGCCCAACCCAGUCUCCACCUCUGGCCCAACAUAGUCUCCACCUUUGGCCCAACCCAGUCUCCACCUUUGGCCCAACCCAGUCUCCACCUUUGGCCCAACCCAGUCUCCACCUCUUGCCCAACACAGUCUCCACCUUUGGCCCAACCCAGUCUCCACCUUUGGCCCAACCCAGUCUCCACCUUUGGCCCAACCCAGUCUCCACCUUUGGCCCAACCCAGUCUCCACCUCUGGCCCAACCCAGUCUCCACCUCUGGCCCAACCCAGUCUCCACCUCUGGCCCAACCGAGUCUCCACCUCUGGCCCAGCCCAGUCUCCAGGGACAUGUGUACUGCAUAUGUUGAGACUGAGGGGGCUCUUUAUGUAAUCUAUUCCCUCAACAAUGAUCUGUUCCUUCACACUUGAUGAAAAUAAUGGAAGAGAGAUUAUAGUUAAAAUGACAUUGAUAGAGAGGAAUUUAAGGCCAAAACAAAGAAACACAUGAACUUAGAUUCAUGUCUGUUGAUGACUGACAGAGAUGCCACUGGGUACAUUCCUUUGGCUGUGAUGUGGUCUACCCCACAUUGGGUGCCAACUUUGACCAGGAGGACCAUGGAGGACUAGCCCACAUAGACCCACAGCACAGCCCAGGAGCAGAGGCCUGGUUGGGGUAAAACAUCUUCCACAGGCCUGUGGAAGAGCACAACCAGACUGUAUAGUAACAGACUUAGUAGCGGCCUUAGAGCUGUGAGUCAGUUGACAUGUUUGCCGUAGGGCCAAAUGAAUACAGAUUCAUUCUAUUUAUCUCUGAAUGAAAGCUACUUGAUGGAAAAAAUAACAGGCUUUUGUUGGGAUUUAUUUGACGUUGCAUUUAUUUGAUAUGUUUUGUUCCAGAAGAUUCCUUCCCACACAAAGAGUGGAAUGAACACAAUAUUCCAACCAUAGACCGAGGAACAAACAAACAAACAAACGUGUAAAAAAAUACAUUUGUCAUUCGAAGAGGAAGCUUUGAUACGUCCUCAUAAACAGACCUGUAAUGUAUAGUACAGCUGUUCCGUUCCCUUCAUUAUGCUAAAUGCUCAGUGUUUUUAAACAUUCCGUUGAACUCUCACUGUGUUCUGUUGAUAACUUUGAUCUCUUGUAGCUUUAGAGGGAUUCCUAGGAUUCAGGGGUGACUUCGGGGAAAAGUCCCAGGUGAAGGAGGAGGAGGAGGAGUAGGAGGAGGGACUCAGGGGUUCUGAUGGGUGACAGGGCUGAUCCAUCCAGGGGUGCAGUUCCCCCUCAUAGAGGACUGUUAGGUCACGAGACUCAUGACCAAGAGACACAUGAGAAACCAGGACCACCUCACCACAGACCAACCCAGCUGACCAGAAGUGCAAUAUCACGUACCACAGGGUCAACGACGCCAUCAAACCGAUGAAUCAAAUAAGAUCUUGUGUCUUAAGAACAUUCUGUAUAAACAUUUGAAUCAUGUUUGAGUAUGUCCCUAUGGAGGCUUUCAGGUCCAAAACAAAGAAGCAACAGCAACAACAACCAUCAACAUCGUCAGUACUGCUAUAAUAGCAAAGCGACAGGGAAAGGUGGGACGCACAUUGUGAACCAUUGAAGUCAUUCCAAGCCCAUGUGGAGCAGAUUGAUUCAAGGGAAAAAAUAAGUAAACAAAAAAACUUAUGAAGAAUUACAAAGCCAAAUCAUUUUUUGUUUUUUUUGGUCUUUUGUCUUUUGGUUUUUCUUGUUGCAAAAACAGAAAGAUCAAUAGUGUGGUGUUUACGUCAUUUCCUUAUUUAUUCUCUCUAAAGUAUCUAAGCAAUUCUGCAACAUUAUUCUUCAACUUUCUUCAAUGUUUUAGUCAAGUUACUACAUCACUAUCUUCUUGGAACACCGUGUCCGUUUGUUCACUAAAUGGUAGCUGAAUGUCUCAACAGAUCCAAAGUUUGCUACAAGCACUCAGCGGUCAAUUGUAAAUUUGUCUGUAACAGAAAGAAAAGUGUUUUUUCUUUCCAAUGGUUUCCUUAAUUUUUAUAUAUUUUUCUGUAUUAUUUGACAGAAUGAUAUGACACAAUGUCUUGUGUACAAGCACAGUAUUAUUACUAUUUAUAAUAAAACAUUUUAAAUAC